UCGGCGUAUGUGUGGAAGCUCACUGGAGACGCAGUCAAUGAUACAGGAGCUCUUGGUGUUUCAUGGCACAGUAAAAUCUUGGUGAUAUCUGCUGGUCUCAGUUAUGAUUUGGCGAGGAUCCGAGGUGUCAUGUCUGGUAGCAUGUUGGCUGUGUUAUUAUCUCGGAGAAGCAUAUGGGAGGAAAUUCACCGCUUCCUGAUUCAUUUUACUGUGAAAUAUGCCGACUUCCCCGAGCUGACCCGUAAGAUUCUCAAGAACUUUCUAUUUUCGUACUAUAGCAUUCACUGCGUGAUGGUAAAAGGGGAAAAUUUGUUGAAUGGAGAAUGCACAAAAAGAAAACUAUGGUUAGUGGAUUUAGCAGGAAGCGAACGGGUUGCAAAAACAGAAGUGCAAGGAGAACAGCUCAAGGAGACUCAAAACAUUAACAAGUCACUAUCUGCUCUUGGUGAUGUCAUAUUCGCUCUUGCCAACAAAAGCUCUCAUAUUCCUUUCAGAAAUUCAAAGCUCACGCACUUACUUCAGGAUUCUCUAGGUACU